CGGGUUGGAGAACGGGACCGAAAUAAGGAUAUCGCAGAGGAACAAGCAGAGCUCACCGGAUAUACAGCAAAUCCUUGCAUAUGUUCCUUGAGGCUUGAGUACUUGUAAUCGAGCAAAGAGCCGAGAAGAGAGGGCUAUGGAGUCCAGGAGAUCGUUCCAAAUCAUCCUAGUGGAUCCAGAGAACGCCUAUCAUCCUUGGUCGCUCAACUAUGGGCCUCAUCGCGCCUGUGACGCAUCGCAGCGUGCCGGAUGGACAUGACUAUCUGCGGCAUGUACACACAGCAGGCGUUAGCCGAGGAGGUGAAUAUUGCGCGACAAGAGCGGACCAUCGGUAGUUCUUCGCUUGCACAAUCCCACGAAGGUGGUGAUCUGUCAGAUAUGCCCGUUUGCGGCGCCACCACGACAUGUUUGACGGUCAAGAAGCUGCCUAUCUCCGCACCUGUUCUUCCCAGACGCUAUACAUUUGCAGUGACGCCGACUGAAGACGCUUACGAUAGAAAUUGCAAGUUGAUUUGAACAUAUCCAGGGUGUGUGUCGGUAGCAUUGGAUAGAUGAGCACGAAUCGGCAGGCAGCAGCAGAAGGCGUGGAGUCCGAGGAAGAGGUUCAGGGAGGAGCACGACC